AUGUCUACCGUCCUUCAGGGCCCCGUCGAGGCACGAUCACUGUCGUCGGUCACCGCUAUCGCAUCGAAUCCCCCCUCUUACCCACGAAAUCCCACUCAUGAGAAGCAUGAACCACUGUCUCUGUACAUUGUGCGUGUACCAGGAAGCAAAGACAUUUUCCUCUCACCUCUAAAACCUCCGACCAAAUCCAGUGUUUCUGCAGAAGCGAUCAAUGCCUCCCUUUACUAUCUCCAUGUCGCGACCCCCGAAGAUGAUACCCUACUCCAGGAAGUGGAGGAAGAGCGUGAAGAGGAGGCCAAAUUGCGGAAGGAGCGCCUUGAGCAAGCGGGCGCUGACGACCCAGCACAACGCGAAUUUGCACGACUGAACAAUGUGCGCCGGAAACCAGUUGGUGGAGGAAGCCUUAACCCAGAGCCUUUGCUGGCGCCGCCUCAACAGGAUGACACUGCUCCUCCGAGCUUACCUCCACGUCCGAUCCCAAUGCUGCAGGAUGAUACUCCUCCGGCCUUGCCAGCACGUCCAGUUCCUAUGCCACAGGUUACUGCCGAGAACGUAUCUUUCUCUGGGACUCCAGUUGCCAACAUACAGCCUCCUUUAAGCAAUAAUAUGACUGGAAUAUCGGUAGAAUCGGGUGGUAGAAGCCCCGUACCGCGGCGACCUUUGCCUCCCUUGCCGCCUGGUGAAGAGUCAUGGACCACUUCUGCAGCAGGCGAGGACCCGUCUAAGAGGACAUCCCGAUGGAGCGCGUUUGCCGAACAUUUGCAAAAUCGGGGAGAGAAUUGGAAGGAAAAGUAUGAGGCAAAGUACGAGGCGCUGUCGGCUGGCCGUCGCAGCCUUGACUCCUCUAGACCGCAAUUGCGGCCUCGUUCCUCGCAUGACCGUACCAAAUCACCAUUAGGAAGCCCCGGGCAAUCCCCCAACCGGCAUAGAAACGCACAUCGCAACUCCGCUAGCAAUGCUGGCUUUCAUAUCACGCUCAUCCGACGUGAUCCCGCGUCCGGUACACAAUGGAAUGUGGCAACUAUAUCAACCCCACGAAUGGACCGCAAUACCGUUGAUAUCGAGAUCUCUACGCCGGGAUAUAACAGGUUCGCAGGCUCCAAUGAGCUGCCUUCAUUGUCCAGUCUGGCAGCCCAUCUACCUCUGGGGAUCGGACGCCUACCCAAUUCUACCGUUCCCCAAUCAUUACCCACCGAGCAACAAAAGGAGCAGCCAACCGGCCCACGCAAAUUUCACCGCCAGCUCUGCGUAUCAAAGCCAUAUGACGACUCCGUUGCCGCAGACUCCAGCAAUGGCCACGCCCCAGAUGGCCCGUCUUCAUCCUCCAAGCUAAAAAGCGGCUACUACGUCUUCACUUCUCCCUGGAAUGGCACAUGUACCUUCACGAACAGCGUGAACGGCCGAAGCCUCAAAUGCAAACACAUGAUCCCAACACCCGGCGGCUUCGUCCCUCCCAACGGCGAGACAGAAGCACCCCCCGCCGUAACCGUCGCCGAGCUCCGCUUCAACACUCCCUUCCAAGCAGCAAACCUCCACGCCCACGCUCACCACGCAGCCCACAAACCCCACCCAAACCACCUCUCUCCCUUCACCCAGAGCCAAAUCCAGUCUCUCCCCCGCCCAAACGAUCCAAGCGAAAAUAACCUUGGCCCAGACGGUGAACCCCUCCGCCCAUCCUCUAGUAAUAGCCACGCGGCUACGAAACGCAACUCCCUCUCCCAACUCCUCAAUCCAAAUACCUACGCCCGACCACGCGCACACACCGGCCCAGGUACACCCCCAAAUAUCCCGGCCUCACCCCCCGCAGAUCGUCAAAACUUCCACCCCUCAACCCUCCUCCGCAGAACCUCUCUACGUGCACAACGCUUCGCCCGCCAGAGCCAGUUAUACCCUACUCAAUCCCAUUCACACCGCAGUACGAGUAAUAGCAGUGGUGGGGAUGUGGAUUAUGAUUCCGACGAGGAUCGCCUGGAUCUUUCUCUUGCAAGGGAGCCUGCUGGUGGUGGGUUAAGGGGGAAGAGUGCGAAACUGGGCAAGUUGGUUAUUGAGGAUGAGGGGAUUAAAAUGCUUGAUUUGGUUGUUGCAGCUUGUAUGGCUGUUUGGUGGAGGGGGUAUUAUUAUUGA